GUCCUUGUCGGAGAAAGCCGGGGGAGGAACCUACGCCUACUGUGUCAGUCCGAACUGAAGCCAUACUCCCAUUGAGGAAUAUUGGCCUCCUUUUCUGGAUGUUUUCUUCUCCGCUCGCUUUUAUUUUCUUGUUCGCCGAAGACGACAGAACAGGUGUUUUUAUUCGACACGACAGGCUCCACCUCUCCUCCUGAGACAGCGGUUCUGUUGCUAUCCCGGUGCCGUGCUGCUUUUGGCGUUGUCAUGUGGAAAGUAACCUCACCUUGCAUCCGUUGGCUCAUCUGAUGUCUGAGGACGGUGACCCACAGCUGUACCGCUACCCCACUCUGGACGCCUGUGAGCGGAACCAGGAAAGGGUUGGCUUCCGGGCUGAGGAAGAGCAGGACCCACUGUGUGGCUCUCUGAGCCAACUUCACCGCAUGGCCAGCAGCUGCAGUGAGGGUUGUGCUGGGCAGGAUGGUGGGGGACUGGUCCCCGAGUUAGGACUGGCGUCUGAGGGCAGCGACAGCAGCCAUGAGCAUCCAGCCUCACUGGGUUCCCCUCACGGCGACAGGAAGCGACAACGACCACCUCUGCAUGAGGAUGUAGAGAUGGGAGGCAGCGGGUCGAGUGGGAGUGGGACAGAGUCCCAUGGCAACGAGUCGCACGGCAACGAGUCCCAUGGCAACGAGUCCGUGGGCAGCUCCACCAGCAACGGAAAGGACUCUGCUCUUAUGGAGUCUUCAGGGAGCAACAAGAGCUCCAACUCCCACAGUCCCUCCCCACCCAGCAGCUCCAACGCUUUCAGCCUGGUGAGCUCCGAGCAGGACAACCCCUCCUCCAGCGGCUGCAGCAGCGAGCAGUCGGCCAAAGCCAAGACUCAGAAGGAGCUCUUCAAGACUCUGAAGGAGCUGAAGAUGCACCUGCCUGUGGAGAAGAGAGGCAAGGGCAAGUCCAACACAGUCAACACGCUCAAGUACGCGCUGAGGUGCAUCAAACAGGUGAAAGCCAAUGAAGAAUAUUAUCAGAUGCUGAUGAUUAAUGACAGCCAGCCUCCAGGGUUUGAUGUGUCCUCCUACACCAUAGAGGAAAUCAACACCAUCACCUCAGAGUACACCCUGAAGAACACUGAUAUAUUUGCCGUGGCCGUGUCGCUCAUCACCGGGAGGAUCGUUUACAUCUCAGACCAGGCGGCAUCCAUCUUGAACUGUAAGCGGGAAGUGUUCAACAACGCCAAGUUUGUGGAGUUCCUGACACCUCAGGAUGUCAGCGUGUUCUACAGCUUCACCACGCCGUACCGCCUCCCCUCCUGGAGCAUGUGCACCGGAGCAGAGUCAUCUCCCACCGAGUGCAUGCAGGAGAAGUCCUUCUUUUGCCGCAUCAGCGGCGGUAAGGAGCGUGAGGGCGACCUCCAGUACUACCCGUUCCGCAUGACCCCGUACCUGAUGAAGGUGCAGGAUGCUGAGCUGGCUGAGGAGCAGUUCUGCUGCCUCCUGCUGGCUGAGCGGGUGCACUCCGGAUACGAAGCUCCCAGAAUUCCUCCUGACAAAAGGAUCUUCACGACCACACACACACCUAACUGUGUGUUCCAGGAUGUGGACGAGAGGGCCGUGCCUCUGCUGGGCUACCUCCCCCAGGACCUGAUCGGGACCCCCAUCCUGCGUAACCUGCACCCAAGUGACCGCCCUCUAAUGCUGGCUGUGCAUCGCAAGAUUCUGCAGUAUGCCGGCCAGCCCUUCGACCAUUCCUCCAUCCGCUUCUGUGCACGAAACGGUGAGUACAUCACCAUCGACACCAGCUGGUCCAGUUUCGUCAACCCCUGGAGCCGCAAGGUCUCCUUCGUCAUCGGCAGGCACAAAGUACGCAUGGACCCCGUCAACGAGGACGUCUUUGCUGCUCCUGCUUUCCAUGGAGGGAAGAUGAUGGACUCAGACAUUCAGGAAAUCAGUGAACAAAUCCACAGACUGUUACUCCAACCAGUCCACAACACGGGCUCCAGCGGUUACGGCAGCAACGGUUCCCACGAGCAGCAGGUGAGCAUCAGCUCAUCCAGCGAAAGCAACAAGAACAUCACAGCUGGAAACGCAGCAGAGGAGUCCAGCAAGACCAAGCCCUCCAGGACCUUUCAGGAAAUCUGUAAAGGUGUCCAUAUGCUGAAGAACCAGGACUCUCAGGUCUGCAUGCGGUCCUCCUCACCAUGGCCGCCCAAGAACGAGCCGAGGAGGACCUCUGACGUCCCUGCAGCGGCUCAGAGGAGCUCGGCGCUGCGUCUGAAGGACUCGGUCAGAGACGGCGCCGGAGCCAGCACGGAGGACUUUGUCUGCAAAGACCAGACGGUCUGCUCCUACCAGCAGAUCAGCUGCCUCGACAGUGUCAUCCGGUAUCUGGAGAGCUGUAACGUUCCCGUCACGGUGAAAAGGAAGUACCAGUUUUCCUCCAACACCACCUCAUCCAACUCAGACGAUGACAAGAGAGGCUCAGAAGAUGGGAUGCAGGUUCCUCAAGGGACACACGCAGAUGCACUGAUGCUGGACCCUCAGCCGGGGAUGUCCAACAUGAAGGCACCUAAGAAGCCCCCGUCCGGAGCAGCCGCUGUGGUGGGGGGCACGCUGGCCCCCCUCGCUCUGCCCAGCAAGGCUGAGAGCAUCGUAUCAAUCACCUCACAGUGCAGCUACAGCAGCACCAUCGUCCACGUGGGAGACAAGAAGCCUCAGCCCGAGUCCGAGAUCAUAGAAGAUGUAGCAGAGAGCCCAGCGCCGCCCGCUGUUCCAGUCAGUAUGGUGCCCCCCCCCAGCCAGGAAAAGGAGGCCUACAAGAGGCUGGGUCUGACCAAGGAGGUGCUGGCGGCUCACACGCAAAAAGAGGAGCAGGCCUUCCUGAACCGCUGCAGAGAGCUCUGGAACGCCAGGAGCCUCCAGAAGGAAUGUUCCUCGUAUCUGCACAGUCAGAGAAGCCCGGCCAAUGGUGAAGAGUCAUCUGGACUACAGGUCGCUGUUAAACAAGGCGCCGCGAGGCCGGAGACCACCGCCAAGAAGGGAAACCGCAACAGGAAGUCCAAGAAGCCUCGCAUGAAGCAUCCUGAUUCCUCCGACAGCGCUGUGUCCAACCGCAAACCCCGCCCCCCCCUACAGGGUCUUAAUCAGACCUCGUGGUCGCCGUCUGAAGCGUCCCAAUCAGCAUUCAACGUGUCCUAUCCCACCAUGGUGCCUGCUUACCCCCUCUACCCGCCGACCCCCGCUGCUCCGGCUCAGGCCCCUCGCCCUGACCCGUCUCUGUCCUCUAGUUUUGGAGAGGGACAGAACGUCCAGGUUCCUCCCGCCGCCGCUCCAUACCCCGCACCCAUCGUCACACCUGUGGUGGCUUUAGUUCUGCCCAUUUUCCCCCAAGUAGGGCAGCUGGGAGCUGCACCAAGACCAGCUUUUUUCUCGGAGCAGACGCAGACUCCGCCUGCCUACUCCAGCCAGCAGCCCUUUCAGACGCCACCGCCGGCCUACCCUAUGCAGCCGCAGCCCUCCUUCACCAGCCAGCAGCCUUUCCCAGUGCAGACGGCCUUUUCUCCUCAGCAGCCUUUUCAGACGGCUCAGAUUCCCUACGCCACCGCGCAGCCGUUCCAGGCCCCUCAGGCGGCCUACCCCACCCAGCAGCCCUUCACUGGACAAUCCUCUUUCCCAGUGCAGACACAGUUUGUAGCUCAGGCUCCGUAUCCGGCUCAGCCCUUCCCCUACACCAUCGCCUCCGAGCUCCCCAAAACCCCGGCCGUGGAGCCCAGAGAGGGUGCAGCAUCUCGAUCCUCCACCCCAGCGUCUGGGGCUCGAGAGCCCACCACAUCACCGCCACUGUUUGAGUCCCGCUGCAGCUCACCGCUGCAGCUCAACCUGUUGAGCAUGGAGGAGGGGCAGCGUCAGGACGGCGCAGCUCCUCCCGCUGGAGGUCAGGGUGGCUGCGCUGCUGCAGCGUCAGCAGCAGCAGAGAAGAAUGGAGGAGCAGCUAAGACUGACAGUCGUCAGCAGCUGGAGUCCAGAGGAGAUGGAGCUCACAGCGAUGGGAACUCCUCCUCCUGUGACCUGCUGGACAUCCUUCUACAGGAGCAGGAGGACGCCCACUCUGGCACCGGAUCAGCUACCUCAGGGUCCAUGGGAUCCGGCCUGGGGUCGGGCUCAGCGUCAGGCUCCGGCUCCAACGCCUGUCGUACUUCAGCCAGUGGAGCUUCUGGCAGCAGAACAGGAAGCAGCAACACCAGCAAGUACUUUGGCAGCGUUGACUCUUUGGAGCACGACCCCAGAGGGAAGGCUAAAAUGAGAGGGGAAGGAGUCUCUGAUGGUGGCAAGGCUCAGACCAAAGGGGAGGGAGAGCAUUUCAUCAAGUAUGUCCUCCAGGAGCCCCUCUGGCUGCUGAUGGCCAACGCUGACGACAAGGUCAUGAUGACAUAUCAGAUGCCGUCCAGGGACAUUCAGCGGGUGCUGAGAGAGGACAAGGAGAGGCUGAGACAGAUGCAGAAGAGUCAGCCUCACUUCACCUCGGAGCAGCGGCGAGAGCUGGUGGAAGAUCAUCCCUGGAUGAGGAGGGGGGGUCUCCCCUCAGCCAUCAACAUCAAGGAGUGUGUUUACUGUGAGGACGCUGCUGCCGCACCCAUUGAGGAGGACCUGCUGGACAUGGACAUGGGCGAGCUGGGGGAGGAGCUGGGCAGAGACGGGCAGCGAGCCCAGAGCCAAUCAGAGGAGGCUAAACCUCAGUCAGACCCCGCCUCCUGAACUUAGCAGACACGGACCAAUGUACACACACACUCACACAUCUGGAUCUGUGCCUGACUGUCUGGACAGCUCGGUGUCGCCAUCAGCCCGCUUUACGAGGGUGUGUGUGUGUGUGUGUGUGUGUGUGUGUGUGUGUGUGGAUGGUGGUAGUGCUCGCCUUCAGUAGUUCUGCCAUCGUACACCCCCUCCCUCCAGAGAGGCGCCACAGCUGAACACCUGGGUUUACCGGUGGUACGUUUACGAAGCGCCGGUGAGCGCGUGUUGCCGUUUCCUCUCUGCGCCGCGUUCGCUCGUCCCAUCAGGGUCUCCGCUCUGGAGCCGUGGUGCUGACUGGACCACGGGGUCCGGCUCCAGCGGGCCGCUGCUCACGUACACUUUUACUCCUCAGUUUGGACCUGAGAGUCCGACGCAUGGGUGCAUCGUCAGCACUGAACUCCGACAGGAUGAGAUGUAGGAAUGAGGCGGAGACAAUCUGGUGCAUAAAUGUAUUUAUUCAGAUAUUUUAUUUACUUCUAUGUGGGUCUAGAGUAGGUGUUUGAGCUAAAGCCAAAUCAUCACAGCAACAUCUGAACACUUUAAAGGCUUCAGCACUACGAAGGGUUUUGGGUCACUUUUAAAGAGGAGCGCACUUCUCCGUGACCUCUGAGCACAAAGCAGAACCAGGGGAGCAACCGCCGUCGAGAAGCUGCCAGCCGGCAUCGUUCUGAUGCUUUUUAACCAGGAAGUCAUAUGAUUGUAUUCAAAGUCACAAGCUCCAGGUGUUGGUGCAAAUUUCGUCCUGUUGCAAAAACCUGUUCCAGCGAGGUGCUGCAGCUCUUGGCUGAUUCUGAACAAACCAGUGGGUUUUACACACGACGCAGAACUACAGGUCCGCCCUCGCAGCCGCUAGGAUCCCCUCCUCCUGUCAUUCUUACAGAAGCAUUUCUAAAGUAGGUGUUAGCAGCUAGAAGUGUGUGUGAGAUCGGUGUGACUCUGAGUGGUCACGCUGACAUCUGCUGAACGGAUGUAGCAACCUCCAGCCUGAGCUUCAGGUCCCGGCAGAGCCAGUUCUAGGAACUGGAUCGGCCAGACCGAGGCUGGGUAGGAACAGGGAACAAGUCUGGUGCUAACGCAGAAACACGGAUCUGUGAACGUUCCACAGACCGGACCAAGAGCAUCUCACGUAGUCUCACGUCCCUCUUUGGUUCUGUUUCCAUGUUGACCUUUAAGAUUUUUUUAUUCUAUUUUUCUAUUUUCCGUGUGUGUGUGUGUGUGUGUGUGUGUGUGUGUGUGUGUGUGGGGUGGUCGAGGACAAACCCUACCUCUAAUAAAUCCCAGGUCACGUUGCUGUAAAUGGAUCAUAGGAUGUGUGUGUGAAUGUGGGCGGAGCAUGAUGCUGGGUGAUAGCUCCCACCCUUCUGCCUGUAUGUCUGAAUGAACACAUGCACAGGAAGUUCAGGCGCUAGUCACCGACGUACGCAUCAACACUUUAUCUCGGUCUCUUAUUUAUUUUGUGCUCAUCGACCCUCCGGGGCCCCUGCCGGCUCCUGGGCCCUCCGGGUCUUCUGACACGAACCCUGAAGAGAGGAAUGUGUUCAGUAUUGUGAGUGUGUUUGUUCGCCGCAGGGCUCGAGCAGCAACGGGAUGCUGGAGGCUCUGUGCUGUAGACGCAUUCACCUCUAGCACUCGAUGACGUUUAUGUACACUUGUCCCAUUUCCUGUGUCGUGUUUUAAACUAGCACACUGAAGUGCAUUUUUGUAGCUGAGAAGACGUGUUGUUUAAACCGAUGUUGUAAUAAACUGCAGUAAUAAAACCA